CACCAAAAUGUCCAGGCAAUGCCUUAAUUCAUAUGCAGAUUUAUUGAGUGCACAAGCUUUCGGGGUCAGAACCCCUUCCUCAGGUGCAAUACAGAAACAAUGAACACAGUGCAAUUUAAACAUUCCACCCCCCAGUGCACACAGGAAAUCAAACCCUGCAUGUGACUUGUUAACCCUUCCAGACCUUACAAUAACGCAUGUAUCCCAAGUGAUUGUAGUCAAUCUGUGUAUAUAUUACACGAAUCAAAUAUCAAAGUCCUCUUUAUCUGAAAAAUGUGACAAUAAAUAUCUUGUUAAAAACAAUGUAACAAAAUAGUAUAUGCAAUGUAACAAAAUAGUAUAUACAAUAUAUAAAAUCUAUAGAAAACAUCUCAAUCCAAAACAUUCAUUAAGCCCCCUAGGGGAAAGCGAAUCUAUUUUGUUAAUCCAAACAGUCUCCCUCCUGAGUAACUGCUGAUUAAUAUUACCCCCUCUGGGCAUCUUGAUCUGCUCCAAUAUGGUCCACCUCACCUGAGCAGCAGUGUGUUUUGCAUGAUAAAAAUGUUUAGCCACUGAUUGUUCAGUUAUGAAUUUGGCUGCAUCUUCAUUUUUUAAUUUUUCUUUUUCUGGAUUGUAAUUCCUUAUAUUGCUUUUAUGUUCGUUUAAACGAAUUUUUAUACACCUUGAUGUUUGCCCAACAUAGGGCAAACCACACGGGCACUUAAUCAGGUAUAUUACAUUGGAGCUGUUACAGGUGAAGUGGCCUCUUAUCUUAAUUGGAGUUCCUUUGGUGGGAUGCGCAAUACUGUCACCCUUAAUAAUACCUGUGCAGUGUGCGCAUUUAAUACACUCAAAGGUGCCCAUUCUCAGAGGUGCUAGCAGCCCUGUCGUUUUUGGUUUUUCCAAAAUCUUUUUGGAGACUGUCUGGCCAAUCUGUGAUUGACAAGAUGUCGUUUGCUGACAUAGCAAAAACAACAGACAAAAUCGCAGAAGUAUUGAGCUUCAGUGAACAAGAUCGCAAUCAAAUUGUGAAUGAUAUUAAAAGCUUUUCCUUACCGGAUUUGGCCAGCCCAGGUGAUGUUAAUCGACAACUUAACUCCCUGAUGCGCAGAGAAUGUAACUUGAAAUGCCACGCCACAGCACUGGUGGAAUAUCUAAAGGUUAAGCGAAUUCCACGAGGUUUACGUGUCCCCUUGGCACCUAUUUUGUGCAAGAAUGACUCAGUAUAUAAAAAAGAAUGGAAUAUGAUACUAAAUCGGUGCUCGUUAGAUCUCAUGGCAUUGACCAUUCGGCAUUUACAAACUGCCUUACAACAAGUGCAACAACAGAUUACUCUGACUGAACAAGAACUGCGGAAGAAUCAUCGUGAGAUGGAAUCUACUCUAUCCGAGAUCCGGGCGGAGAUUGCCCAAUACGAACGAGAGCUAAUGCUGAACAAAAUCCGCAAGUUCAAACGUGACACCGAUGAUUACGCCAGCGAACAGGUUUACACAUGGAAGACUUACAGGCGGGAGCAGCGCAACAAAAGACAAGCCGAACGCCGACCAGGAAGAACUAUAUCGGAUGUCUCAUCCUCAAGUGGUUCCUCCAACUCGCAAGCAGCAGGGGAUUUUUUAUCCAGUACCCCAGCACCGAACGAAAACAUCGGAAGGUCCGAAGGGGGAGGAAGCAGAGGAAAGGCCGCUCUACCACGGAUCCGAAUGUCCCAACGGAAGGUCAACCAGAGAUAAAGAGGACUAUGAUAUUUGAUUCGUGUAAUAUACACACAGAUUGACUACAAUCACUUGGGAUACAUGCGUUAUUGUAAGGUCUGGAAGGGUUAACAAGUCACAUGCAGGGUUUGAUUUCCUGUGUGCACUGGGGGGUGGAAUGUUUAAAUUGCACUGUGUUCAUUGUUUCUGUAUUGCACCUGAGGAAGGGGUUCUGACCCCGAAAGCUUGUGCACUCAAUAAAUCUGCAUAUGAAUUAAGGCAUUGCCUGGA